AGGAGCAUGGGGCUUGAGGGACAAGAGACAGCUGGCCAGCUGCCAGUGACCGUGUUGCCCACACCCAAUGGCAGUGGGCUGAGCUGGGAAUUUGAAGGCUCCUGGCCAGAGAUCCCAGAGAGGUCCCCGUGUGUGGCUGGUGUCAUCCCUGUGAUUUACUACAGCAUCCUGUUGGGCCUGGGGCUGCCUGCCAACCUCGUGACCACAGUGACGCUGGCCCGCCUUGCUUCCAGGACCAGAAAGCCCUCCUACUACUACCUCCUGGCGCUCACGGCCUCGGACAUCAUCACCCAGGUGGUCAUUGUGUUCGUGGGCUUCCUCCUGCAGGGCGCUGUGCUGGCCCGCGAGGUGCCCCAGGCUGUGGUGCGCACGGCUAACAUCCUGGAGUUUGCUGCCAACCACGCCUCAGUCUGGAUUGCCGUCCUGCUCACACUUGACCGCUACAGUGCCCUGUGCCAUCCCCUGCACCACCGGGCUGCCUCGUCCCCAGGCCGGGCACGCCGUGCCAUUACUGCUGUGCUGGGGGCUGCCCUGCUGACUGGCAUCCCUUUCUACUGGUGGCUGGACGUAUGGAGGGACACGAACCCACCCAGCACGCUGGACAAGGUCCUCAAAUGGGCUCACUGCCUCAUCGUCUAUUUCAUCCCUUGUGGCGUCUUCCUGGUCACCAACUCAGCCAUCAUUCACCAGCUCCGGCAGAGGGGGCAGAGUGGGCUGCGGCCCCACGUGGGCAAGAGCACAGCCAUCCUCCUGGGCGUCACCACACUCUUUGCAGUCCUGUGGGCACCCCGCAUCUUUGUCAUGCUCUACCACCUGUAUGUGGCCUCCGUCCACCAGGACUGGAGAGUCCACCUCGCCUUAGACGUGGCCAACAUGGCGGCCAUGCUUAACACAGCAGUCAACUUUAGCCUCUACUGCUUUGUCAGCAAGACUUUUCGGGCUACUGUCCGAGAGGUCAUCCAUGAUGCCCACCUCCCCUGCAUCCUGGGCUCACGGCCAGAGGGCAUGGUGGUGGAGCCCGGGCUAAAGCCUCCAGGACUCCCCAAAGGGACAGAAUUGUAG